AUGGAGCCCAUGCCAUCGGACGCCGGCGAGGCAGCUCUAUCGGGUUCAUAUGCGCAACAGGUACCGGGCUCUGUCGGAGUAGAUCCGGAGUCGAUCACUGGCCUUGUACCCACCCCGGGGCCAUUUGUGAGAGUGGAUGAGCCACCCAAGUUCGAACUAGAAUCGUACAUUGCGAAUUAUACCGGCCGAACCCGAUUCAAUCGUUUAUACCUAAUCGGGACCUGCUCCUCGUACCUCGCUGUUGAGGCCCUCAAAGCUGCGAUUGCAGAGGCGAAAUCUGGCAAAGAUGUUUCUCAAUACCUGCGCGCAGUUCAAGCAUUCGAGAGUGUUGCACCGAAUGAGCCCGAAGCUAUCAUUGACAGAGAAUGGGUGGAGAAGUCACAGAAGGUUGUCAAAGCCGAGACGGACCGACUGGAGCAUGAACUCAGAGGAUAUAAGAACAACCUGAUCAAAGAGAGUAUCCGAAUGGGCAACGAAGAUCUCGGCCAGCACUAUCAUCAAGCUGGCGACCUGACUUCUGCCUUCAAAGCUUAUUCCCGCAUGAGGGACUUCUGCACCACGCCCAGUCACAUCGCGUCGAUGUUGUUUAAAGUUAUUAACGUGGCGAUCGAGCGCGGAGACUGGUUGAAUGUACAGUCCAACGUGCACCGGCUACGGAGUCAAGGAGGGAAACCGGAAGAACAAAUCAAACAUCAGCCUAAGACAUCAGUUGCAAUGGGCCUAUCACAGCUACAUUCGGGCUCAUAUAUAGAAGCCGCGAACAGCUUCAUGGCAACAGACCCCAGUCUAGGGGACACAUACAACGAAGUCUUGUCCUCAAACGAUGUCGCAGUCUACGGUGGCCUCUGUGCUCUAGCUUCCAUGGACCGCAAUGAGCUCCAGCGCCGCGUCCUGGACAACAGCUCGUUCCGCAACUUCUUAGAGUUGGAGCCUCACAUCCGCCGCGCCAUCUCAUUCUUCUGCAACUCCAAAUUCAGACCAUGUCUCGAAAUCCUCGAAGCAUACCGAGCCGACUACUUACUUGACAUCCACCUUCAACGCCACGUUCAGACUCUAUACAAUCGAAUCCGCACAAAGUCCAUCCAACAAUACCUUAUCCCUUUCAACCGUGUCUCGCUCGAAUCCAUGGCCAAGAUCUUCGUUCUCGGAACCCCGACGAAGCAGUCACACCAGGACGAUUCAACUUCAGCAUUUGUCCAGGAACUAAUCGGCCUCAUCCAGGACGGUACGCUGGACGCCCGCAUUGAUCUAGAGAAACAUGUCCUUGUUUCCAGCCAGGGCGACAAGCGCGUAGAAGUGCAAGAAGCGGCUCUCGAAAGUCUAGACAACUACGUCAGGGAAGCACACCUCCGACUGCUGCGGUCGAAUAUUAUCCGCGCUGGCCUGGAGGUGCGUCCACUAGGUGAUGAGCGCCGCCCUAUACCCGAGGAGAGAGGGAAGAGGAGCCACGGUGCCAUUGGGAACUUUCUCCGAGCGACGGGGAUGAAACCAUAA